AUGCCGGGAUACGUCCGAUUCCUGCUCCUACUUAUGUGCCUGAUCCUCAUCGGAGAGUGCAGGAGACAGAAAAGCAGGAAAAAGCGAUCGUGGACAUCGCCGGCGGAGAUUCAGAAGCAGGGCAAUCCUCUGACGAAGAAGCUUUCAGAUGGAACCAAAUCCAAAAAAGUGAAGACCAGCCACCUUCUGCGCAUAGACGACCAUGAUUUCACGAUGAGGCCCGCCUUCGCAGGUCCUGCUGUCCCGGUCGGCGUGGAUGUUCAGGUGGAGAGUUUGGACAGCAUAUCCGAGGUCGACAUGGACUUCACCAUGACCCUGUAUCUGAGGCACUACUGGAAGGACGAGAGGCUGGCCUUCCCCAGCUCCACCAACAAGAGCAUGACCUUCGACGGGCGACUGGUGAAGAAAAUCUGGGUACCUGACGUGUUUUUCGUCCACUCCAAGAGGUCUUUCAUCCACGACACCACCACGGACAACAUCAUGCUGCGGGUCUUCCCAGAUGGUCACGUCCUGUACAGCCUGAGGGUCACAGUUACUGCUGCAUGCAACAUGGAUUUCAGUCGCUUCCCUUUGGACUCGCAGACAUGCACGCUGGAGCUGGAGAGCUAUGCUUACACGGAUGAGGACCUGAUGCUGUACUGGAAAAGCGGUGAUGAGUCUCUGAGCACCGACGACAGGAUUUCCCUGUCGCAGUUCCUCAUCCAGAAGUUUCACACUACCUCUAGACUGGCUUUCUACAGCAGCACAGGCUGGUACAACCGUCUCUACAUCAACUUCACCCUGCGGCGUCACAUCUUCUUUUUCCUGCUGCAGACCUACUUCCCCGCCACUCUGAUGGUCAUGCUGUCCUGGGUGUCCUUCUGGAUCGACCGCAGGGCCGUCCCUGCCAGAGUCUCAUUAGGUAUAACCACGGUGCUCACCAUGUCCACCAUCAUCACCGGAGUCAACGCCUCCAUGCCCAGGGUCUCCUACAUCAAAGCUGUGGACAUUUACCUCUGGGUCAGCUUUGUCUUUGUCUUCCUGUCUGUGCUUGAAUAUGCUGCAGUCAACUACCUGACGACAGUGAGGGACGGAAAAGACCGGAAGCUCAGGGAAAAAAACCUCCCUUGCACCUGUGGCAUGUCCCAUACCAGGACCAUGAUGCUGGACGGUACCUACAGCGAGGCAGACACUAACAGCUUGGCAGGGUACACCAGAGCCUCCAUGAUGGCUGAGGACGCGUCUGAAAAACAAGAACGAAUGGUGGUGCAUCUCUCUCUGGACAACGAGUCCACGGGGACCAAGAAAAAGGGCAUCCGCGGCUUCCGGAUAAUCCACAACACCCACGCAAUUGACACCUACUCUCGCAUGAUUUUCCCUGGUGCCUACAUCCUUUUUAACCUGAUCUACUGGUGUGCGUACUGCUGAGUGUGUGUGUUUCAGCCUAAACUGAAGCAGUGACAGAAAAAAAAAACUGCUAAACCAUUUCAUUGACAUUGGAAAAGAGAUAGUUGUUCCCAAACUGCAUGAUCAGGUGGAGCAGCGAGUGGAGCGGACAGAUGGCUGAAAAAUACUACAGGCUUCUGGGUGUAAAUUUCACUGACUCUCGCCCAUGUCACCACCGGACUGGAUCAGUAAUGCAGUUUCUCCUCCUUUAUAUAAUUAUAUCAUAAGCUCAUAGGUACUCCAAUCACAUUCCAACAACCGGGUGGGGCUAGUUGCACAAGUUAUGCUGUUCCACUAGUCUACUGCCAGUUAUAAAAAAUUUAUAAACUGAAUCAUUUAAGACUGACAUGGUAGCCACUUGUCUCAUUGACUUGUAUUAAUUUGGUAUUUGGCAGCACAAUCAAGGUUUGACAGAUCAUUUACUCUAAUUUUUCUCUGUUUUGGUCUCCACCAUCUCCCAAGGAAAAAAGUUGGCUCUUUGGGGAAAACAAGGUUCAUGAGAGAAGAGAAUAAAGGCCAGACAUCCAAAACAAGUAGUUAAAAGAAUCUAAAAAGCUCUGUGGUGUAGUAAUUAUUUAUGGAUUUAUCACUAUAGUAAUCCCCUUUACAUUGCAUAUAGUUAUAUCUUUGGUUGAUACAGAAAUUUUUUAUUUGCCAAGCUUUAAGAUUGUCACAGCUUUUUAAAACUGAGGAACUUAUAUGUCUAUGUGAAGCUGGACUGUUGUGAACUGAGCCACAUUCAGACUCUUGUCUUUGUGCAGCCAGGCUCUGCCUAGACGUCCCUAAAUAAUACUCUCUAUUUUUCAUUAUCAAACUGUCAAA